AUGUAUUCAGUUCUUCUAGCAGGUCAUGAUUCUAAAAUUUCUGAUGAUUCUGAUUUUGAAAACCCUAAAAAGAAGCAUAGCAUUCAGAAAUUAAAGGUAGUAUCUGAAAUAUCUCCUGAGGAAGCAGAAGAAAGGGCUAUGAAAGUUAGACAUCAAAAACAAUACAAAAUGGUCGAUUAUAAGGAUAUAGAACUUAUACAAGUCAAAGUUAUAAAAACUGCAUUACGAAAAGGCAAAAAAUAUAAUAAUCUUGCAAAAAACUAUGGAGAGUAUUUAAAGAAAUUACGAGCUGAAAAGAAUCUAAAUGACUAUAUUAAGAUAGUCACAGUCAAGAUAUUUUCUAACGAAGAGGCAUACACUCUAAGGCUAGAAAAUUAUCGCAAAAAGUAUAUGGAUAAUGAUCUAUAUGCUAACCUAGAGGAAUUAUAUGAGCUUUAUUAUGAUAUAACUAAGGAAGAGAAUCGAGAAAGGUCAGAUAAUGAAAUAGAACAGAUGCGUAAAACAAUGACAAUCUAG